UCAGAUAAAGCAUACUAUCAAACUUAUUUACUUCCGUUACCAGGAAAUAGAACUGAACUUUUCAAGACUGAAGGACACACUUGCUUCCUUUUUCUAAAUAAUAUUUAACAAUCUAGGUAUUAAAUCUUUGGAAAUGUUAUAAGGGAAAUCAUGGCUGUCCCAGGUAAAAAAGCCAUAACACAAUUUUCUUCUUCAACAACUAUUAUUGGUUCUGAUGAAGAUUUCAAAGUUUACUGUCAGCCAUGUGAUCGUGAUGGACCAAGACUUCCUGCUCACGGUUAUUGUACAAAUUGUUCUGAGCAUUUGUGUGAAACAUGCUUUACCGGCCACAGAAGGCACACAUUGUCAAGACUACAUACUUUACUAGACAAAACCAACAUGCCUCAGACUCUGUCACCUGCAACACCAAGACAACCAGAUAACUUCACAAAACCAUGUCCUAAACACAACAUUGAGAUGAUAAAGUUUUACUGCCAUGAUCAUAAGGCUCUACUUUGCAGUGUUUGUGUUACAUUAAAUCAUACAGCAACAUCUUGCAAAGUCAACUAUAUACCAGACAUUUCCGACAAGACCAUCAACAGCACAGAAUAUCAGGACGUUUUGAAGGAAUUAAACGACAUGGCUGAGAGAUCAAGCGAAACACUUCAAGACUUGAAGACAAUGAUAGAGAAAUCAGACAAGUCUUUAAAAGAUGUAUUUACAGACAUAUUGAAAUUUAGAACAAAAAUCAACCAAAGACUAGAUGAAAUGGAAAGACAAGUCAAGAAGGCUGCAAAAAUCAUCAAAAAGGACAAUAGCAAUAAUAUGAAGUCUGUGAAAACAACAUGUAUAGAUGUAUUUAAAUCAUUGAGAUCAUCAGCAGAUGUCAUUAAACAUUUCAACGCAUCCAAACAAGCCAAUGAUUUGUUCAUGGAACUAAAACAUGCAAAACAGAUGAUAAAAAAUUAUGAAAAGUUUGUUGCCAAGCCCUUUGAAUUUGAAGUAAAAAAAUACAAAUUCGAAGCAAAUGAUGCAAUAGCAGAUCUAUUGGAUACAGAAACAGAAAAGUCACUGGGGACAUUGAAAGGGACAAUAUGUCAGUACAGACGAUGUUUACAAAUGGAUAAAAUCCGUAUCAACACACCAGAAGACGGACAUAAUUGCUAUAUAACAGGAAUGACUCUCCUUACUCCUGAUGUUCUUAUCAUCACAGAUUAUCAAAACAAUGAAAUAAAAAUGGUUGAUAUCAGUAGGAAGUCUGUACUAGCUCAGAUAUCGUUAGAUAGUGAACCUUGGGAUGUCACAUCUGUUUCAAAAAAUGAAUUUGCUGUCACAUUGCCGUUCUCUCAAACUAUUCAGUUCUUUUCUGUCUCUAGUUGUCUCAUGACGAAGCAAUCUCUAAAGGUUUGUGGAGAAUGUUUUGGUAUAAGCUGUCAUAAAGAUAAAAUGGUGGUAUCAUAUUGUAAACCAGCUAAAGUUCAAAUCCUUUUUAUCAAUGGCACUGUAUUACAGACAAUACAAGAUGAAAACAUUUUCAUUACUCCAGAAUAUAUAACAGCAAAUGACAAUUGUAUCUAUGUAUCAGAUAAAGAAAUGAAAAUAGUUACCAAGUUAAACUGGCAGUGUCAGGUGACAGGUAAAUAUAUAUGUACAGACAUACCUUUGGGCUUGACAAUGUCAGAUUAUGAGUCUUUGUUUGUUUGUUAUAGGGAUAACAAUACCAUAGAAGAGAUAUCAGGAGACUGUAGUGAUGGACAGGUUGUUUUAAAGAAUAUAGAAAACCCUCAAGCUGUCUAUUGGUCUGCUGAAACAUGUACUUUGUGCACAAGCAGCCAUUAUUAUAACAUAGAAGAUAACUUUAUCAAACUGUUCAAACUGUCUAGUCUAAAUAAUGAAUGACAGAAUUUUUAUUAGAGAGAGAGAGAGAGAGAGAGAAAGAGAGGGAGAGAGGGAGAGAGAGAGAGAGAGAUAUUAUCACAUAUUAAAUGCAAAAUUUAUAUUCAAAUCCAUUGAAUGCAUUGUCAUGAUUGUGUUGUUUUAUAUAACUUAAUU